CAUGGCGCUGGCGAGGUGGGAACGCCAACUACGGAAAGAGCCAAUCUCGUAAAGACAUUCAAACGCUAGAAAAGAGUCCACGGAUUAAUAUUUUCAUACUUUAGAAGGCGGUCCAGAUUCGGAUAAACAGUGCUUAACAAGAUGAUGUCUGAUGCCAGUGACAUGUUGGCAGCAGCCUUGGAGCAAAUGGAUGGUAUUAUAGCAGGCUCCAAGGCUCUGGACUACUCCAAUGGCAUCUUUGAUUGUCAGUCCCCAACAUCACCCUUCAUGGGCAGUUUGCGAGCCCUGAACUUACUGGAAGACCUCAGGGGUGUUCUGGAGCUUAUGGACGCUGAGGAGAGAGAGAGCUUGCGUUGUCAGAUCCCAGACUCUACCGCAGAGAGUCUGGUAGAGUGGCUGCAUGGUCACCUGUCAAAUGGACACAUUUCAAUCACCGGUGAUGUUUACCAGGACAGACUUAAUCGUCUUGAAAGUGAUAAAGAAUCCCUUGUGCUUCAGGUGAGUGUUUUGACGGAUCAAGUGGAGGCGCAAGGAGAAAAGAUAAGGGACCUAGACCUGUGCCUUGAUGAACACCGUGAGAAAUUAAAUGCCACCGAAGAAAUGUUACAACAGGAACUCCUCUGCAGAUCAGCCCUUGAGACUCAGAAGCUGGAGCUUAUGGCAGAGGUUUCCAACUUGAAACUGAAGUUAACAGCAAUGGAGAAAGAGAGACUCAAUUUUGAUGACAGAUUUGGAGAUAGUGAGGGUUUGAUUUUGGAGAUUAAUGAACUGAGAUAUCGCAUUUCUGAGAUGGAGAGUGAACGGUUACAGUAUGAAAAGAAAUUGAAAUCCACUAAGGAGGAGCUGGUUACGUUGAGAAGGCAUCUGGAUGGCAGAGAUGGUGAUCUGAGGAGGCUGCAGGAUGAGACGGGGUCCAGAUCCCCAACGCCUGCAGGCCUAGACAGCACAGAGAGAGUUUUCCAUACUGAGGAAACAUUAAAAAAGAGGCUCAAAGAGAAACAUAUGGAAGUACAGAAGAUGAAGAAAGCAAUGGAGUCAUUGAUGGCGGCAAAUGAGGAGAAGGAUCGCAAGAUUGAAGAGUUGCGACAGUCACUCAUGCGUUACAAGAAAGUACAAGAGAUGGUCAUGUCAGCACAAGGGAGAAAAGAUAAGGCCAAAGAAGGAGACAGUGAUGGGAGCAAUAGCGACAGCUCCCUCUCCAUGUCCACCGCCCUCUCUGUUUCCAUGGACCCGGAGAAGUCUCUGCUCUCUUACACAGAGGAAGUUGCUGUGAGGGGUCAAAAUGAGGCGACUACAUUUGUCAGUACACUCCAAGUGCCAUCGCUCACAGUCUCAUCCCCAGACAAAGCAGACAGUGAUUCAGUCCUGGAACAAAUGCAGUUAUCAAGUGAGAAAGAGUGUCAGGAGCCAACUCAAUCACUGGAGACCCCAUUAGAUGAGAGUCCCGAAGCUUCAGAGGACACAAAAUCAGCAAGCCAGGGCAACCUUGAUGGAAGAGGCAGUGAAAAGAGAAAAGAAUUUGAUGAGUUCAACAAGAUCACAACUCUGCCACCCAAAUCCCCAAGCUCUUCUCAUACUGCUGAGGAUGACAGCUUCGGUACCAGGAAAAUGAGAUCUUCCUUUGGACGGGGAUUCUUUAAGAUCAAGGGAGGGAAGAGGACUGCUAGUGCCCCUAAUUUGGCUGAGACCGAGAGGGAUGGCACUGACCAUCUGGAUCUGGCAGGCAUGCCGCAGAGGUCAGCUGACAGUGACAGCACACACACUCUCCCCAUUUCUCCGGAGGGCAAGAAAAAGUCAAAAGGAAUCAAAGCACUCUUUGGAAAGCUCAAAAGAAGUCAAUCAACCACAUUCAACCUGGAUGAUAACCUAUCCGAGAGUGAGUUUAAACGGGGUGGAGUCAGAGCCACAGCUGGACCCAGGCUGGGUUGGUCAUGUGACCUGCAGAACACCAACAGUGAGCUGGACGCUCCGUUUGCACGCUGGUCCCGGGAGCAGGUGUGUGAUUGGAUGCAGGAGCAGGGACUGGGGUUAUAUGUGAGUUUGGCAAGGCAGUGGGUCGCCUCCGGCCAGACGCUUCUGCAGGCAUCCCAGCAGGAUCUGGAAAGAGAGCUGGGAAUAAAACACCCUCUACACAGGAAGAAACUCCAGCUGGCCCUGCAGGCGUUGGGCUCAGAGGAAGAUGACAACAAAGGCAAACUAGACUACCACUGGGUGACAAGGUGGCUUGAUGAUAUCGGCCUCCCACAGUACAAGACUCAGUUUGACGAGGGACGUGUGGAUGGACGGAUGCUUCACUAUAUGGCUGUGGGCGACCUAUUAUCUCUGAAAGUGGGCAGUGUUCUUCAUCACCUCAGUAUUAAGAGAGCCAUCCAGGUGCUCCGGCUCAACAACUAUGACCCCAACUGUCUGCGGCGAAGACCUUCAGAUGAGAACAACAUAAGUCCUGCUGAGAUCUCUCAAUGGACCAACCACCGUGUGAUGGAGUGGCUGCGGUCCGUCGAUCUAGCUGAAUAUGCACCCAACCUGAGGGGCAGUGGAGUACAUGGAGGACUGAUGGUGCUGGAACCUCGUUUUAAUAUGGAGACAAUGGCUCUGCUGCUAAAUAUUCCCGCAAACAAGACUCUUCUGCGGAGGCAUCUGGCCACUCACUUCAACCUGCUGGUGGGUUCUGAGGCCCAGCAACUCAAGCAGGAGUAUCUAGAGAACCCAGACUACACCUUACUCACCGCCACGGCUAAAGUCAAGCCGCACAAGUUGGCGUUUGGAGGAUUUGGUAGGAAGAAGAAACAAGAGGACAAUGAAGAGUAUGUCUGUCCCAUGGAUGUGGAGAUGCCCAAAGGACGCAGCUUCCAGAAAGGCUACAGAGGCAUGGAGCUCCAGAUCUAUGAUGAUGACCUAGACCGAUUCGACCAGAUGGAGGACUCUGAAGGGACUGUGAGGCAGAUUGGCGUUUUCUCCGAGGGCAUCAACAACUUAACGAGUAUGCUGAAGGAGGACGAGUUCUUCAAGGAGAUCUCCACAUCGUUCCCCAAUGCCAGUGUGAAGGAUGAUGACUCCAACGUGUGAGGGCACUGCGGGGACACUCUCGCCCCUAGUGCUGCUGCUUUAAUCGGAAGUGACUGUGCCAGUCCCUCUGCCAACACCUCCACACACGCACCUCCAUCGGAAUGCCAAAUAUAUCAAUCAGAACCAAGUGUCAACUCAUAGAAACACCAUUUUAACGUAUUUCAAUUGCCUUUUAACAACAGUGUUUAAUAAUUUAUGUCUCAUAAAGGUAGAUGGAAGAAUGUCUGCCCUUUUUGUGUGUGUGUUUUUUUUGUUUGUUUUUUUUUUGUUAGUGGUCGUUUUUGUUUCUUGUGGAUCGAUGUGAUAUGAUUUAUAACUAAAAUAAAUAGCAGUCCUACUGUAAAUUGCUGGUCAUUGGAGAGAUACAGUAUGCAUUCUUUUUUAUCUGCCUGCCUAAAUCUGUGACAGAUUUUCAGUUUGUGCCGGUUAUUAUGGUGGCAGAAGAGCACAAGGACACUUUCAGGUAAAAUCAAAGCUAUAUUUGAUUAAAUUGUUGAUAAAUUAAAGCUGUACACUGCCAAUAAUUAAAUUAGCAAUAAUCAUCAAUAUUUUUGAAUGAUCGAUCCAGGUGCAGUCUAAAUGUUUGAGUGUUUUUUUUUGUAUUUUGAACUGUACAUUUUGGCUUAUCAAGCCAAUACAUGCAUUGAUACUGCAUAUGCUUUGUGCAUUUGCAUGCAGAACUCUGUACAAUAUAUUUUACAUCUGGUUUGUAAAGGAUUGCAUGUUAUUUAAGCCUCAUUUGGAUAAAAUAUUAGCAAAAUAUUGUUACUUUAAAGAAAGUUCAUUGUGAAUAAUUUUUCUUCUGCUGAUGCAGUACUUAAAGGGUAGCAAUAAUGUUCUCAUUUAUGAAAAUGCUAUCAUGUAGCAUGAAUCUUUAAUGCAAUACUGGCAUGUCCACAAAAUUGUAAGCAGCUGAAAAAUAUAUUGAAAAUAUAGUGCCACUCGUAACCAUUUCAGAGUUACAUGUUUGUACUUUGUUGACUUUUUACUCAUUUUUAAAGGUGAAUAAAAUACUGAAAGCA